CCCCCUCCUCCUCCUCCUCCUCCUCCUCCUCCUCCUCCUCCUCUGCCUCCUCCUCCACCUCCUCCACCUCCACCCGCCGCCGCCUGCACGCGCGGCCCGGGGCGGCCGGGCUGAGUCCAGCUCGGCGGGGGGCAGCGGGCUCGUCGGGGUCCUGGUGCGGAGGGUCUCCCGCGCCCCCGGGGCCCCCGCGUCAGCCCGGCACCGAGCCCAGCUGCAGUCCACCCCCUCCCGGAGUCCCCCGGGGUGCACGGCACCUGCCACCGUGGUCGCCCCGCCGUGUCCGCACGCCCGCGCCCCGCCUUGCCCCCCCCGCCCCAGCCCCGCCGGCCCGCGCGUGCCCCGCCCCGCUCCCCUGCCCCGGGCGGAGGCGCCCCCGCCUCAGCAUGUGAGCCCCCGGCCCCUGGAAUGCUGUGGCUGGCCCUGGGCCCCUGGCGUGCCAUGGAGAACCAGGUGCUGGUGAUUCGCAUCAAGAUUCCCAAUAGUGGCGCGGUGGACUGGACCGUGCACUCGGGGCCGCAGUUGCUCUUCAGGGACGUGCUGGAUGUUAUAGGCCAGGUUCUGCCUGAAGCAACGACCACAGCGUUUGAAUAUGAAGAUGAAGAUGGUGAUCGAAUUACAGUGAGAAGUGAUGAAGAAAUGAAGGCCAUGCUCUCAUACUAUUAUUCCACAGUAAUGGAGCAGCAAGUAAAUGGACAGUUAAUAGAGCCUCUACAGAUAUUUCCAAGAGCCUGCAAGCCUCCUGGGGAACGGAACAUACAUGGCCUGAAGGUGAAUACCCGGGCCGGGCCCUCUCAGCACAGCAGCCCUGCAAUCUCAGACUCUCUUCCAAGCAAUAGCUUAAAGAAGUCUUCUGCUGAGCUGAAAAAGAUAUUAGCCAAUGGCCAGAUGAAUGAACAAGACAUGCGGUUCCGGGACACACUGGGCCAUGGCAACGGAGGCACGGUCUACAAAGCAUAUCAUGUCCCAAGUGGGAAGAUAUUAGCUGUUAAGGUCAUACUCCUAGAUAUUACACUGGAACUUCAGAAGCAAAUUAUGUCUGAAUUGGAAAUUCUUUAUAAGUGUGAUUCAUCAUAUAUCAUAGGGUUUUAUGGUGCAUUUUUUGUAGAAAACCGAAUUUCAAUAUGUACGGAAUUCAUGGAUGGGGGAUCUUUGGAUGUAUAUAGAAAAAUUCCGGAGCAUGUCUUGGGAAGAAUUGCAGUAGCGGUUGUUAAAGGCCUUACCUAUUUGUGGAGUUUAAAGAUUUUACACAGAGAUGUGAAACCCUCCAAUAUGCUGGUGAACACCAGGGGACAGGUCAAACUGUGUGAUUUCGGAGUCAGCACUCAGCUGGUGAAUUCCAUAGCCAAGACGUAUGUUGGAACAAAUGCUUAUAUGGCGCCUGAAAGAAUUUCAGGGGAACAGUAUGGAAUCCAUUCUGAUGUCUGGAGCUUAGGAAUCUCUUUCAUGGAGCUUGCUCUUGGGAGGUUUCCAUAUCCUCAGAUUCAGAAAAACCAGGGAUCUUUAAUGCCUUUCCAGCUUCUGCAGUGCAUUGUUGAUGAGGAUUCGCCCGUCCUUCCGGUUGGCGAGUUCUCCGAGCCAUUUGUACAUUUCAUCACUCAGUGCAUGCGGAAGCAGCCGAAGGAAAGACCCGCCCCGGAGGAACUGAUGGGUCACCCGUUCCUCGUGCAGUUUGACGACGGCAACGCCACAGUGGUGUCCAUGUGGGUGUGCCGGGCCCUGGAGGAGAGACGGAGCCAGCAGGGCCCACCCUGAGCCACUGUCCGGAACCAGGACCAGCGCGGACCCACAGCCCGGGACCCAGCUGCUACCCACAGCCCGGACCCAGCCGGAAGAACCCGCCUGCUCGAACCCUCUGCGGCCGCUGCCCGCUGCCCCCUCUGGCCGUGCCCUUGCCCUGAUGGCCCGCAGGCCGCCAUCGGUGGGCACUGCCCUCACCCUUGCCCCUAACACGCUCCUUCGCUCAGCCUUGCUGCUGGGAGCACGAGGUCCCCAUGACGCCCACCCCGGGCGUGGGCACGUGUCCGGGACGGCUCCCUGGGGCCGGCCCUGCCAGCACCCCUGGUGGUCUGGACUCUGUGUCAUGGUCAAGGGCCUAUGGAGAAUCGGGCCUGGCCUUCCCAGCCAGCACCCAGCAUCGAGCUGCCUCGUGCCAUGCACCCCUGCUGGCCGGACGCUCCCCAAACCCACGGGCCGGCCCCUGGCAGCUCUCACGCCCCAAUGGGGGACUCCUGGGGGUGGCAGGAUCAGGAAGCCGCACUGCUGAGCCCUGGACGCUACCGGUGACCUCAUCCCUGUGCCCCCGCCCCUCCGCUGGUUGGUCACUGUGCUCCCCCGGGCCACCAGCUCUGCCACCCGCCAGGUAAGCGUGGCUCAGAGGCCCAGCACACACCUGGACAUGACAGUGGCAUCAGGACACGUGAGGCGCUGACUCCAGGUGACACCACACCGGCAGAGCCUUUGCCCGGCUCAGCAAGUGGCAUCUCUCCGUGCCCCGCGCUCUGGUGCCGGGCAACAAAGUGGGACAGGGUUCUGCCCACACCCUCAUUCGCGGCGUGCCACGCUUAGAGGAUUUAACAGUCCCGCCGCCGCCGCUGUGGCUUGAAAAGCAGCCGUGCCACCCAGGACAGCCCUGGGCCCUGCGGGCUCUCUGCUCGUACCCUGCCCCCUGGGCACUGCUUAAGGAGAGCCAGUUCCGAGGAAGCUGGUGGUCAUUAGCCCCUCAGGCCCACCAGGGGUGCAGGGAGAGAACCUGCCGUGCAUGCGUUCCAGCCCCUCAGAGACAGAAUAGCCAGAGGCGGGGCCCCCUGCCUGCAGACCCCUACCCAGCCACCCCCGUUACCUCGCCCCAUAACCCCAACCACCCCCAGCACCACUGCGGACUCCCACAACCUUCACGAGCCCCAAGUAGGAGGCACACUUGUCCCUGCAGGCAGGCAGCCUGCCCACUCGGCCCGAAGCCGGUAGCCCAGGACUUCUGCCGUGUCCGGCAGCACGCGCUGCCCACUCCCAGGCCCCCCGCGGGGCCACUCCGAACGGAGCUUUCCACACAGCUGCACCUGGCCUCCUGCCACUUGGGGAAGGGCGGCAGCCGAGGGGGGAGGCAGGGGCCACUCGGACCACCGAGUCUCUGACACCCACCUGCAGGGCCGGGCCCAGAGCUCCGCCUCAGGCUGGCCAGUGAGCCAGGACAUAACACAGCUCAGCUGACAGGCCUGGUGUCACUCGCAACGCGGCCGGCCCAUUCCUUCGUGCCGAGCUUGUUCCCGUGUGUCCACCCGAGCUCCUUCCACGCUGGGGGCCACAUCUUUGUCCAGCAGCAUCUCCCUGUAUCACGCUGUAAACUCGUGUUACUUCAAUAAAAGUGGUUUUGUAAAUGGCA